AUGUCAAAGGGGCACGUAGAUGCCGUAGCUGGAGGUGCAUUCCUUUCUCUCACCAUUAAUGAAGCUACUGCCCUCAUCGAGAAAAUGAUGGCAAAUCAAAGCUGGGGAGAAGGAAGAAAAACACAAAAAGGCUCGCAAUCUGCGAAGGAGGCAGAUGUGCUUGCUGCAAAAAUAGACUUGCUGUUGCAAAGGAUGGACGGACGAGUUGCAAAGCCCAACAUGGGCACCGUCCAAGCAGUGAACUCACACACAUCGUGUGAAGUUUGUGGUGAUGAUGGCCAUUUGGGGAACAGUUGCCCCGAAACCCAAGAAGAAGCAGCAUAUGUCAACAAUGGGUUUCGGCCAGGUAACAACAGGUGGAACAAUCAGCACCGCCCGCAGGGUAAUUUCUUCAAUCAGCCUUCCUUGAAAAAUCUGGUCAUAGGGCAAGCUAAAAUCAACGAGAAUCUGACCAAGAAGCUGUCCUACAAGCUUGAAACUCUUUGUUCAUCUGUCAAAAGUCAGACGAGUUUCAACAAGAUGAUAGAAACAUAG